CACCAUCGACGCCCCUGCGCUCACGUGGCGGAAGGGAAGUCUGAUGAGCGGACAUCGCGGCGGCGUACUGUGUAAGGCGGCAUAUUUCUUGAUGACCCACUGCCACCACCACCACCCCACUCACCGUGCCUUCCUCCCCUCCAUCGCCGUCCCCGUCCGCUGCGCCGCCGGCUCGGCCACUCCCCCCUCCGCAGUCGUCAUGUCCGACACUGCCGCGUUGCAGCAGAAGCGCGCCCUCCGGUCCCGGAUCCGGAAAGCGCUCAAGGAAUUCUCACCCGCUCAGCGAGCCCUAGAAGAUGUGGAAAUUCAAAAUUUUGUGCUCAAUUCAUCUUGGUUCAAAUCUUGCAAAGGAUUAUGUGCUUAUAUAAGUUGCAAGUCACUACGGGAAGUUGAUACAUCAAGAAUCAUAGCAGACGUACUGAAGAACUCAGGUGCUGAACAUGGCUUGCAGGUAAUGAAAAAACUCUAUGUUCCAAGGGUGGAGGAUAAGAAUAGCCAUAUGAGGAUGCUCAGAAUCUCAACUAUUGAGGACUUAGUAGCAAAUUCAAUGAAUAUAUUGGAACCAUCUCCUGUCGAUUCUGAUCAGAGUGAACGUGAAGAUGUUCUGCUGGCAAGUCAACCAGUUGACCUAUUACUUUUACCUGGACUUGCAUUUGAUAGGCAUGGAAGACGUCUAGGUCGUGGUGGAGGCUACUAUGAUGUCUUCCUGCGGAAAUAUGAGGAGCUUGCCAAUCAGCAAAACUGGAAACAGCCACUGCGAGUCGCACUUGCAUACACGGUGCAAAUUGUGGAGGAUGAGUUGAUACCAAUGACCGAAACAGAUGUUCCAGUCGAUGCUCUUGUUUCAUCAAACGGUGUGUUUCCGAUCAGCCCUGCUGCUUUGGAGAGGAUGUAGCAUGAUUGCUCAAGUCUGCUCAUUCUAUUUUGCUUCCGUAGUGUUCGUAAGUUGAACCUUUUGCUUUCUGAACCAGUUGACUUUGUGGCAUGAGCUUGUUAAAAACGAUCUUCUGCUUUAUGCCAAACAUAAUAAACAUCACUCUUCUGAUAGAAUAAUUUUCUUAGAACAACUCGUUCACAACUGAUAAGGAGUGAUUCAUCUUUAUGCGCUAGUGUUUAUUUCAUCGAGCAUUCCUUCCUUAUCUGAUGUCUCGUGUUGUAUUGUACCUUAUUCAUUGCACGGAAUCGAAUGCUUUUCUUUAAA